AUGAGCUCGCUUGCAGCGUCCCGUCGGAGGACCUCGUCGGGCGCGAGCAACCAUCAGCCUGGUACAUCGUCUGACAGGCUUCGGCAGCAUGUAGCCAGCUACGGGAGCUUAGCCCCCGCGCCUAAUCACAGCAGCCUGCUCCUGGCUAGCAGCCGCAGGGCGCCCUCGAGCGAAAGAGGCAGGCAUCUGACACGCGAAGCCCAACUCAUCAAAGAGAGCCAAGAAGAGAGCGAGACCUUGAGGGCGGACACUUUAUCGCCUGUCUCGUCGAGACCUCAGUCGCAUCACACCCAAGGAGAAGACGAUUUCCAGGACCUGCCCUCAUUCGGCACGUUCAGGAUCAUCCAUCAGACUCUCGGCGUAGCGCUCUCCGCCAUCAUAUUCUGUGGCUUAGCUUUGCCUCCCUUGUUCGGCUGGCCGCCUCGAGGUUCAAGCAAGCGUCAAUUUUACUAUCCGCUCUUGCCGCAAUUUGUGCAGCUAGCGAUUGGCGCGACGGCGUGGCUUGCGACAGAAGGCUUGAGAAAGCCACUCUUGCGUGCCCUCACCUUCGACAGCCCUGCUACAGUGCCGCACAAGCAGAGUCAGCGCGCAAUGACCUGGCUCUGUCAAGCGCUGCCCCUCGUCGGUCAUACUGUCUGUCUCGAGCUGUUCAGACUGUUUGCCAUCUGGCUUGGCUUCAACCUCUCCUCAUCCGUCGACCGCGAUAAAGACAAGCAUGAGCAUCCACCGAAUAGCUUCUUUCGAGCUUAUUACCUCGGACUCGGCUGGGCCUUGGCGGAGCUCAUCAUCAAGACUCUCGACUUUUUGCGCGCAGUAGAUCUAUACGAAGACGUACUACCGGCAGACGAUGAAGAAGUGUAUUGGGAGCAGAUAGAACCUGAACAGACGGCUGCAACGCCCGGCGCAGCACAGCGCACGACCUCACCUCGCUUUGAACUCGUGGAUGGCAGCGUAGACGAGUGGGAUCUCGAUCUCAACGUUCGCGCUAGCAAGAGGAGAGCCAUCGGCGCUGCGUUCGGCGUACAUCUUUAUGAGCUUCCUCUCAUGCUCAUCAUGCUCUGGCGACUGGACUCCGCACUGCUCGCUCUAGCGUUCACGAUCGCACUCUCGCUGCCGUUCAGCCCUGUACCCCACGUCUUUACCGCACCUCUGUCAAUUAUGUGGCCUGCCGUGGCUAUUCUUCAUAUCAUUCUAUCGAUCAUUUGGUCACUUCAUGUACCCAAGCUCGGCAUCGCUGCUGUCAGUUAUAUGACGCUCAUAAUCUCACUCAUAGCAUACUUUGGGGCACUGGCGAGCUAUGGCGCCUUGGCCUGA